UGCCAGGCUAUGGAUAAUUGGGUUCCGUUUCCAACAAUUGGAAAUUUUUUAUUUUGUGCCUCUUUUUUGUCUCACUGUGUGAGAUAAAAAGUGAAUAAAAUCACUCCAACAAUUCUGUAUUUUCUUGUUCAUCUCCGGACGACCUACAGAGAAAAGGAUCAUUUAGCAGUGAUACCAUGGAUUAGCUGAUUCAAGAGUAGAGGAAAUAGGAAAGGAGAAGAAAGCAAUAAAAAUAUGGUUCUAUGCUUAAUUUCGUCCAGCUCGAUUUUCACUCUGCAGCCUGGACGUUCGAGAUGUCUUCCCAAAUGUAUGGGAGUGCAGAAUAACGGGAGAUAUCUCAUGAAAGAGGGGGAUGUUACGAGGCAUAAGAUUAUCCCUUCUGCUAGGGUAGAUACAGUUGGUUUGGAGGUUUUUGUAGUUUCAGACUUGCAUACAGAAUACUCGGAGAACAUGGAAUGGGUAAAGGGUUUACCUAGCAAGGGGAAGAAAAAGGACGUUCUGCUCGUUGCAGGAGAUGUUGCAGAGACUUAUGAGAAGUUUGUUUUAACAAUGUCCUUCUUGAAGGAUAGUUUUGAGCAUGUGUUCUUUGUGCCCGGAAACCACGACCUUUGGCUCCGUAGGGAGAAAGAGAAUUUUGUUGAUUCUCUUCAAAAGCUGGAUAAAAUGCUUGAUGCAUGUCAGACGCUUGGAGUGGAAACUAAUCCUAGUGUCAUUGAUGGUUUGGCAAUUAUUCCUCUAUUCUCAUGGUACCACGAGAGCUUUGAUAGAGAAAAGGACAUAACCGGCAUCCGCAUUCCAUCUUUGGAGCUGGCAUGUAAGGACUUCCGUGCAUGCAAGUGGCCUGAUGGACUUAUAAAUGGAGAUAACUCCCUUGCUGCACAUUUUGAUGCCAUGAAUGACAAGAAUCAGGAUACAGUCCAGGAAAUGCUGGCAAGAUGCAACCAAAUAAUUUCAUUCUCACACUUUGUUCCAAGACUAGAGCUUUGUCCAGAGAAGAGAAUGCUUUUCUAUCCCAACCUUCCAAAGAUGAUUGGUUCUGACUUUCUUGAGGCCCGAAUAAGAUACAUACAUGGAGCUAGAGGGAGCACAAAAGCUUGUCAUAUUUUUGGUCACACCCACUUCUGCUGGGAUGUCCAGCUUGACGGUAUCAGGUAUGUGCAGGCGCCAUUAGCGUAUCCAAGAGAGCGGAAAAGAAGAAUGAAUGGAGGAGAAGACUGGCUGCCAUUUUGCAUUUACUCUAAUAGUAAACUUACAGAGAGUAUGUCUCCUUGUUAUUGGUCUGAUUAUUAUGCCUCCAAUCCUAGAACCCCUGAUGUAACUGAACUUGCUCCUUGGGUUGCCAGAUUCUAUGGCAAACUUUAGCAAUCUCCAAGUAAGAAUGCUAUUUGAUGUACGACAGUAUUUCAUGUUGUAAUUUGUUUCCAUCUGCCUAGCCAUGGCAUUCAUCCUGUUCUACCAUCAUCUGUCGUCAAAUAUUCAGUUCAAACUUUUGCUCAAAUAUUCAGUUCAGACUCUUA